ACUGUUGUGACCGACUUGACACAUCGACCGGAGGGCGGAACUAAUGCUAGGCUAGCAGGCUAACGCUAGCCAAUCUGCGACCUCACUUUUCCUCAAUAGUGCCCCAUAAACUUCACAUUUGUCACGAGCCCACGGUCACGACGCGGGAAGGAAAAUGUCGCUCGUCCUGUUGCGUAAAAAGUGAACAACUCACCAUUGUUGCAGAGUUGAAAAUCCCCGUGAAGCUACAGCUGCCGCUCUGAAUGAUCAUGGCAGAUUUCUCGCUGUCAGAUGCCUUAGCGGACGACACCCCAAGCCAGGCGAAUAAAAUAGGCAACACCAACCCGGCUGCUCCGGCCAGCAACCCCCCACCUCCUGCAAACCCGGGAUGGCCCGGUUCAGCCCCGGGAGCUCCCACCCAGCCCUCUGCUCCGGGUGACUACGCCGGUGGGUUGUCCGGCCCGGGGGCACCAGGGCAGUUCCCGUUCCCCUCAGGUCCUGGAGCACCGGGGCAAUAUCCAGGACCCCCUUCAGCACCUGGCGGGUUCCCCCCUGGUCCGGGGAUACCUGGACAGUAUCCGCCGGCUCCAGGAGCUCCGGGACAGUUUCCCUCUGGCCCUGGAGCCCCCGGGCAGUUCCCCGGGCAGUAUCCACCUGAAGGAGCUCCGGGACAGCUACCCGGAGGCCCCGUUUCGUACCCAUCCGGACCGUUUCCUUCCGGCCCUGGAGCUCCACCCGGGCCUUACCCAAAUGUGCCUUACCCGGGUUGUCAGCCCGGAGGAGGAGGCAACGGCAUGUACGGACCGGGAGGUCCAGGCGCAUUCCCCCCUCCAGCUGGCCCCGGCUCUUUCCCAGCAUUCCCCGCUGCCGGAGGUUUCCCCCCUAUACCGACUGGAUCGUGGGGGCCGCAUGCAGGUGGAGGCUUCCCUCCCGCCCCCGGCCCCUUUGCCCCCGGCCCCAUGGCUCCGUACGGUGGCCCUGCUGCUCCUGGAAGCACGCUGAUGGUGCCGUAUGAUCUCCCACUUCAUGCUGGAAUUAUGCCACGUCUCGUAAUCACAGUAAUCGGGGAACCUCUUCCUGGUGCAGACAGGUUCAAUGUUGACUUCCUCAGAGGCCCAGACGUCGUCUUUCACUUCAACCCUCGAUUUCACGAGAACACAAUUGUCAGAAACUCCAACCUAGGCGGAUACUGGGGCCCCGAGGAGCGGGACGGAUGCUUCCCUUUCGCUCCCGGUCGUCGUUUUGAGCUGAAGAUCCUGGUGGAGGAGGACAUGUUCAAGGUGGCGGUGGACGGCACACACCUGCUGGAGUACGAGCACAGAGUGGGCGGCCUGGAGGAAGUGACCAUGCUGAGGGUGGCGGGAGACGUCGCCCUCUACAGCGUCGCCCCCAACAUGAUCUGAGUCCGAGAACCCGGGUCUAUCGCUGGAUUUUUAAGUCCUUUCAAAUACUCGGGUGCAUUUUUUUGAUGGAAUGUGCAAGACAUAUAGUCAGCGAAGUGCAAUCGUUGCCCCCCCUCCCUCUCAACCACCCCCCCACCCACCCACCAACCAACCAACCUGGCACAUUUCCAUCAGAACAGGAGGCAGAUUAAACCGGGUUAGAGCUCCACUUUUCUGUUUAACUUCUUUAAGCCACUCACAAACCAAUCUUACUUUAACAUAAUGACUAAGUACAACAGGAAAAAAAAAGAUUUUAGGGAAAAAAUUAAUUUAUACCUUAACUAAAAAAGAUUGUAACACAUUUCAGAUAUUUCUCUAGUGUUUUGUUUACAUGUUUGUUUAUUAUUCGUCCCCUUCAUUUCAACAUCUUGACGAGCCUUUUGUGAUGCAUGAGAGUGAGAUGCUGAAACCUUUUACCCCCCAAAGCGCGUGAAUCUACGCUGACUCUGAGCUGCGUAGUCCCUCUGAGCUCUCAGACUGAAGAGUUAUGUUUAAUGAACUGUGAUUUCAUGUUGAAGUCGCAUCCGAUAAUGUGGAGGGGAAAAAAAAAAGAAACAAAAAAAAAGGGUUUGAAAUAUUAAAAUGGGGCCGCGCGCCGUGAAUAAAGGUCUGAUUUGCUGCCAAAGACGACAGCGAUACAGUAUUUAGGGAUGAUCUAAAUGAAGUGAUGAAUGAUGGAGGCUGUUUAAAUCAGAUUAUUGUACAUUUAUCCUGCCUGCACACAAUAAAUACUGGUUUCCCUGUU